AUAAAGAAGGAGAAAAUAAUUAGUCGAAUUUUGUUAUGUUUUAUAUAUCGUUAAUUUAGUACUAUCAAUUCAAUCGUUAGUAUAAACUAUGUUUAAUAGAAACGUAAAAACCAUUAUUUGUAUCGAUUACCACAUCGUGAUUUGAUUUUAUUUAUUGUUUCUUACAUAUAUACAUGUAUACAAAUAGAAUUAUUUAUCAUAGUAUCUUUGAAGGAUAAAUGUAUAUACGUAAUUAUUUAAAAAUGGUAGAAGUUGUGAACUAAUAUAUGUGUAUAUACAUAUGUUUGUGUGUGUAUGUAUAUGUACAAGAUUUUUUUUAAUGAAAUAUCUCGAUCGGUAUUUCCACAUUUUGUUUGUAAUGCCAUCUAACAAGAAUUAUUUGAAGUAUUCAAAGUCAGUCGAGAAACGUCCAUAUUACGUCAAAGAAUUCGAAAAUUUAAACGUAUAAUCGGUAUAAUAGAAAGCUUAGGAUCGUGCAGUUUGCUCGUGAACGUUGUACUUGUUGCACAAAAAGUAUCAUUCGUAACUUGCUCAAAUCGUGCCUACCUCAGUUCUCAUAAAAUAAGAUAGAUUUAAUGAAAGAACAUCGUUAGAAUUGAUCAUAUUGAAAUAUUUAAAUCGUGUUGUUUACGAAAUAAGUUUGAACUAACCGAAAGAAAAAGAAAAACUUGUCGAACGAUGCAUUGUUACAUUGAGGACAUAUUAUCAUAACAUGGCGACUAAAAGCAGGGAAUACAAAGGCUUUUGUAAAUUAUAAUUUAGUUAGGAGCGAGUACUCCAAAAGAUCCAGUAUAAUUUGUAAUUUAAAAAAACUAAAUCUUAGUCAAAAUUUAUAAAUGAAAGGCCUAUAGAAAAUUCUUUGACAACAUUCCAUGAAUUAUUCAUAAGUGCACAAAGGACAUCAAAAUAUAUAAAGAUAACAAAGAACAAGAUAUAUGGGUUUAAAGCAAGAAUUUCACGGUACAACGCUCAUUUGUAACACAAUUUAGUGUUGCGUUAGAAUUAUCAAGAGCAAGCUUCUUAGUGCUUUUUAAUACUAUAUUAAUUAUGUAUCACACUAUGUAUCCACCACAAAUGAUGGUGCAGAUUAUGGGUGGCCAACAUGCGAGUGGACAAUAUCUAUCAACGCCAACACAAAUGGUACAUAUUAAUAGUACAAAUGUAUUAUCACCGGCAGAAUAUACACAGUAUAUACCUGAUGUGUCUGGCCAUAAUAGGCAUCAUAUGAUGCAGACUGGAAGUUAUCCAUUGGAAUUAUUGCAAUUAAUGGGUGUUGAAAUUCCUUCAUUGCGGCACAUAGAUUAUGUCAGUAAUGUAGGUACUGGUUCUGGUUCAGGAAACUGGCCAAGGCGAAUUAUUCCGCCAAACAAUACUUCCCCUCUACAACCACCCUUGCAUCUAAAUUUUAGACCAUCAAAUAAUAAUUCAAUAAAGAAACAACAUUGGAGUAAUAAAACAAGUAAAAAAAGUUCGUAUAGAGAAAACUUUUUGUAUAAUGAUAAAUAUAAUAGUGACAGUGGCUUUAGUUCCCGUUCUCCAACCCCCAGUAAAUAUCAAGCUGAUAGUAGCCAGAAUGAAAGUUCAGAUGAACGGGAUUCUAUAACAUCUUCAAUUGAGCGAGGAAUCAAAAAGUUACAUAGAGUGCAAUCAGACUAUAGUAUUGUAAAUAAUAAAAUUACAGAAGAGGGUUUUAUUUCAAGUGCCUCAGCACAUCAAUUUUAUCAAAAUCAACGACCCGUUAAUUAUUAUCCUGCUUUUUCAACUCCCAGAUCAUUACAAAAUUAUCAGAAUAAAAGGAGAUAUCAUACAGGUAAAGGUAGUCCACCCCCUCAAAGAUCUCAACGGGGUAAAAAAUUCACAGGAGUAAUAUUACCAGGUUACAGUAUGUUCCCUAGGUGUUACACAGCUCCAGAUCGAUUUCUCGCUAGAUCUCAUCUUAUUGAAGUAAAUUACACACCAGCUGAUUUAAUAACUGGAACCGUGUGGGACAAACUUUCGCAGGAUAUUUGGAAGAAGUUUAUUACAAAUCAGCAAACUGAAGUUGUUUAUAGAAAUAAAAUGAAUCUUUGGAAAUAUCUCUAUGUUUUAAUAAAGGGAACAUUUCCAAAAUAUGGAUUAUUUUUGGUUGGUUCAACAAUGAAUGGUUUUGGAUCUGACAAUAGUGAUGUAGAUAUGUGCUUAUUAGUGAGACAUACGGAAAUGGAUCAAAGAAAUGAAGCUAUUGCCCAUUUAGAACAGAUAUUAAGGUGUCUCAAACGAUCUGAUAUUAUAACACAACUUGAACUUAUACAAGCAAAAGUUCCAAUCUUGAAGUUUCACGAUGCUAUGCAAAAUUUAGAAGUUGAUCUCAAUUGCAAUAAUGCUGUAGGAAUACGUAAUACUCAUCUCCUUUAUUGUUAUUCUCAAAUUGACUGGAGAGUAAGACCUUUGGUUCUAGUUGUCAAAUUAUGGGCUCAAUGUCAAAAUAUAAAUGACGCCAAAAACAUGACAAUAUCUAGUUACUCUUUAGUUUUAAUGGUCAUACAUUUUCUACAAUGUGGCGUCAAUCCUCCAGUUCUUCCAUGUUUACAUUCUUUAUAUGUAGGAAAAUUUGGACCACAUACAGAUAUUCAUUCCAUAGAUAUUAAUGAGAAAUUAAACAUUCCACAUACAUGGUUUUAUCCUACAAAUCGUCAAUCGCUCGGAGAACUUUUUGUAGAAUUUUUUAGAUAUUACGUCACAUUCAAUUUCAGCCAAUAUGCAAUUUCUGUACGUUUGGCACGUAAAAUACCAAUAGACGAAUGUAGGAGAGCACGAUCGUUAAAAAAUGAUCCACAUCAAUGGAAAUGUCUAUGUAUCGAAGAACCAUUUGAUUUGACAAAUACUGCUAGGUCGGUGUAUGACCCAGAUGUAUUUGCAAGAAUCAAGCAGAUAUUUGAUUGUACCUACCAAAAACUAAAGGAAGGUCAUAAUUUAGCAAGCAUCUUUGUCAAAGUUAAUACUAUAUCAUCUUUUGCUAUGACAUAAUGAUAUCCUAAAUAUUAGUGCUUAAGAAUAUAGGCACUAUGUAGGAUAAUCAGGUGCUUCCACAUAUUUUGCGUUAGCAAUGAUCCUCUUUUAAGCUAGAGGUAUUUUGAAUAUUUGUCACCUAACGGUGUAAGAAACGAUAUACACUGUGAUGAAAUAAUUCUGAGCUUGUCUCAGUUCAAUGUGAUCAUAUUUGUGAUAAUAAUUUAGCAUGAAUUCAUCUUAUUUCAUUGAUGUGUUAAGAGUAAAACUGCAAAUAGUGUCCCUUUUUUUCUCUAUUUUGUCUGCAAUUAUUUUCUAUGAAAAUCUCAGAUUAUUUUUUUAUACAUCUUUGAUAUCAUUUCACUCCUAAUAUGAUCGAAUAUGAAUUAUUUUGGUGAUAUUUACGUACAUACUCUUUAAAUAUUUUUCAUUAUGAGAAAAAGGGAUAUAAAUAUAUAGACUGUGAAACGCUUCCUAAAAAAAGUAUUAGUUAUGUGAAAUGUGAAAUGAAUAAAUAAGUUUAUCCUGAUGUAUAUUAAAAAUUAUAUAGUGCGUAACAGAAGAAACAUGUUACUUUACAUAGAAAUCUUUUGCAUCAUUAAACGAAGCUGUGGUGCCUUGUGUUUAUCACUUUUUUAUAACUAAGAUCUCGUGCGGUGCCAGCCAAUUCGAUAGUUUCGUUAAGAUUUGUCGUAGACAAAAUUACAGAAAUAUGGACAAGACUUACUCUGCACGUGUGUUCUAAUGUCGUCUCGGCAUUAAUAUAGAAUAUUAUAAAUUUUUGCUGAAAUUAAUUUAUAAAAAUUAAAAACAAAAAAAUAUAAAUGAGAUAUAGUGUAAUAUUUAUGUAUACUGCAGAGAAAGUUCUACAUAUAUAAAAGUAAAGUGACACUGUAACGAAAUUGUGUUAUUAAGCGAAAUAUCGAAAAGAAAGAGGAAAAGAAAGAAACAGAAGAAGAAAGAAAAAAAGAAAGAAAGAAAGAAAGAAAGAAAGAAAGAAAGAAAGAAAGAACCAAAAAAAAAAAACAAAAAAGAAUAAAACAAAAAAUGGUACUUAUUAAUAUAAAACGUUACUGCCUACAAUACAGAGUGCACUAGUGUAGGAUGUAACAAUAGUUAUAAAGUAAUUAUUUUGAAACUAUUAUAACAAAAUAAAACAAAACAAAACAAAAAAAAACAAAAAA